AUGAGGAUGCUGGGCGGCCGGCUGCAGGUUCUCCUGGCGGCUCUCGUCUCAUCCGGGAUGCUGGUGAAGAUCAGCGCCGCCCCAAACAGAGACCUGCUGAUGGAGGUGCCAAGAGCGGACCUGGUCCCAGACGAGGCUCUGACCCGCUUCCUUGUCCUCAAGUUUUUAUCCGAGCUGCUCGCUGCGGGGGAAAACGAGGUGCUCCCCGAGCUGGAGGAGGAGGAGGAGGAGGAAGAAAAGGAGGAAGUGGUACAACGACACCUGCCCCCGUCCCAGCGUGACCGCAAGGCAGGAUGCCGCAACUUCUUCUGGAAGACAUUCACCUCAUGUUAA